AUGGCAAGACUCCGCCAAAGCUUAACUGGAAUAGCCCUGGACUCAAUCCGUGGACUUGGUGUGUCAGGGCCUGAGUAUAAGGAGGCCAAGGAGAUUUUAAAUACAAAAUUUGGAGGUCAGAGGAGGCAGCUUCGUGCCUACCUGGAUGAUUUAGAAAGAAUGCACCCCUUACGAGCAGCUGAUGUUCAAAGUUUCGAAAGGUUCGCAGAUCUAGUAAGAGUGACGGUUGUUAAGUUGCAGGCAGAAGGGAAAGUAGGAGAACUUGGUGAUGGAACGCUGUACAGUUUGUUGGUCAAGAAGUUGACAGGACACCAGUUAGAAAUUUACACACGAUGGAUGAAUGAGCACAGUAAAGACAGAUCGGUUUUAAGUCUACGAGACUGGUUAAAGGAAGAAAUCUCAAUUAGAGUUGAAGCAAUUGAGAUGGCCCAUGGGAUAGAAUCCGAAGAUUCUGCGCGAUAUAAUCGAAAGCAAUAUCCAACGAAAGGUGGAAGGCGCAAUCCAAGUUCCUUUUUCAUGGCUUCGAACAAUCAACGAAAUUCAGCGUUUAACGAAGACAAAAGCCCAAAACAAAAGCCUCCUUGUGCCUUCUGUAGCGGGCCGUAUCAUGGUAUUUGGGCUUGUCGACAGUUUGAACAAACAUCGGUGGAACAACGAUGGAACUUUGCCAAAGAGAAACAGCUGUGUUUUCGCUGUUUGAGUAACGAUCAUUGGGGUAAAGAUUGUCGAAGAUCGCAGCCGUGCAAAGUGAAUGGAUGCCAGCUCAAUCAUCACCGUUUGCUACAUCGCCAACCUGUCACUCCACCAUCACCCAUACCACCUCCCCCCCCCCCUCAGAGUCGUCAUGGGAGGGGGCAGCUUCACGGGAGGGGGCAGGCCCGAGUAACAAAGUGGCAAUGAUGACACAAAGCCACUCAUCCUCCAGAGAGCAGUGUUCAUUACGGACAGUUCCUGUAUGGUUGAAAAACAAUGGAAAGAAGGUCAAGGUCAACGCCAUACUACAUGACGCGUCGAACGAGUCGUUCGUAAACGAACAUGUGGCUAACCUACUAGGUAUUCAAGAAGCGUUUCAGUCUGUUCAAGUUCACGUUUUGAACAAUUCUGUGGAAACAUUUCAGUCCAUGCCUGCAAAGAUUGAAAUUGAAAGUGUCAAUGGUGAUUUUGGCAAAGUUAUCGAG